GUAGUUUACGGGUUUCCGUUGUCAAGAUGGAUUUCUAUAUUCAGUCUUUAUUUGUGGCUCAGAACAACUGCCGUAAAAUGUAGUACUGUGACCUGUCCCUGGACAGUAGCAUGUAGUUUCAUUCUGUUCAUCGUCCACUGGAUGAAACCGAUCGUUUAGAAAUUCCACAUUCGACAUAGUGGAUACCAAUAUAAUUUAAUCUCCAGGAUGUCACCCCCAUCCUUGUUAAUCUUGUAUGGCAGCCAGACCGGGACGGCUCAGGACACAGCCGAACGAAUAGGACGUCAGGCCAAGAGGCGGUGGCUGAAAGUCAGGGUGGAGGCGUUGGACAAUUACAAUGUGGCAAACCUCAUUUCUGAGUCCUUGGUGGUAUUUGUGUGUGCCACCACUGGCCAAGGUGACCCCCCUGACAACAUGAAGAAAUUCUGGCGCUUUAUCUUCCGGAAGUCUCUGCCAGCUGGUUCCCUGUGUCGCCUGGACUGUGCUGUGUUGGGUUUAGGGGACUCCUCAUAUCCCAAGUUUAAUUUUGUUGCUAAGAAGCUUCACAAACGCCUUGUACAGCUGGGAGCCAGCACCCUUCUACCCCUGGGGCUAGCAGAUGACCAGCAUGACUUGGGCCCAGAUGGAGUUAUUGACCCUUGGCUCACUGCAUUCUGGGAUAGAGUACUGGCUCUCUAUCCUCCACCUGGGGGCCUGGACCCACUCGGUGAAGAUGAGCUACUCCCUCCCAGGUUUGUGUUUCACUUCCUGGAUGAUGUCAAAGAGAAUCUCACCAUCCAAUCAGAGGUCAUGGACACAGAGAACCUGAGGCCGCCUUCACAGGUCCAUCCUUUCAUGGCACGGGUGGUCUCCAACCAGAGAGUGACCCAUGCCUCCCACUUUCAGGAUGUGCGUCUUAUUGAGUUUGACAUCACAGGGUCAAACAUACAGUACAGCGCCGGAGAUGUGGUGGUGAUCCAUCCCAAGAACUGCUCUGAGGACGUGGAGCAGGUCUGCCAGAUGCUGAGACUGGAUCCCACGCGGCGGUUCAUGUUGAGGCCAGCAGAAGGCGAGACAGUGCCUGCCCGCUUGCCUCAGCUGUGCACCCUGGGAUACCUCCUGGAGAGCUUCCUGGACAUAGGUAGCGUGCCUCGCCGCUCGUUCUUUGAGCUGCUCUUCUGCUUCGCCACGAACAAGCUGGAGAAGGAGAAACUGAUGGAGUUCUGCUCGGCGGAGGGCCAGGAGGAUUUAUACGCCUACUGCAACCGGCCUCGGCGCACAGCCAUCGAGGUCCUAGCGGAUUUCCCCCACACCGCAGCUGACCUCACGGUGGAUUACCUGCUGGACCUCUUCCCAGAAAUCCAGCCUCGCUCCUUCUCCAUCGCCUCCUCACUGCUGGCUCACCCCAAUAGGAUCCACAUCCUCCUAGCUGUAGUCAAGUACAAAACUAGACUGCAGAAGCCACGCAAAGGCCUCUGUUCAACCUGGCUGGCCUCCUUGGACCCCACACAAGGGGAGGUCCAUGUCCCACUGUGGGUGAAGAAAGGCUUACUGAGGUUCCCCAGUGACCCUGCCAGUGCGGUUAUAAUGGUAGGGCCUGGAACGGGGGUGGCUCCAUUCAGGUCCGCACUGCAAGAGAGGAUAGCCCAAGAUAAGAGUGGCAAUGUGCUAUUUUUCGGCUGUCGCUCUUCGUCCAAGGACUUUUACUGCCGGCAUGAGUGGGAGGAGAUGGAGCGAGCGGGGCAGCUGACCCUCUUCACUGCAUUCUCCCGAGACCAGGAGGACAAGAUCUAUGUGCAGCAUCGAGUGAAGGAGCAGGCUGCGCUGCUGUGGGACCUCAUCACCAAUAGCAACGGUCAUUUCUACAUUGCUGGCAAUGCCAAGGACAUGCCAACGGCUGUGUGUGAUGCCCUGAAGGAGGCAUUCCAGAGUGAGGGGGGCGUGAGUGCUUCCCAGGCUGAGGACAUGUUUAAUACCAUGGAGAGGACAGGCCGCUUCCAGAGCGAGACCUGGGCCUGAUCCCAGAUCAGUGACACAAGCUGCAAGCUUUUUUUUUUUUUUUUUUACAGAAAUGAUGAUGGGGAUAUCUUUUUUUUUUUCAGAAAAAUGGAACUGAGUAGCACUACAGUAAAACAAAACACCCCAUGUUAUAUUAUUUUUCUACCCUGUAUAUCCUGUAUUUCGAAAUGUGUGAAUUGAACCCCUUUACUCAUUCUAAACUCUCACCAGUUUAUCAAGAUGAAACAAUGUGUAAUACAAAUAUGUUAAAUUAUCAUGUGGUGUAUGCAAUACAUAUUGUUCUUAUGUGAAAAUUACGAAAAACGAAAUACAAAAAUGCAUAAUUAAACUUUAAAACGUAA